AUGGUUCGGCAUCAAUGUACCUGGCCAGGGUGUAUUUGUACAUUCAAACGAGCUGGUGACCUCACUAAACACAUCAAUUCAACUCAUCAUCGAGCACCGCAAAUCUCACCAGCGGUUCAAACUGAUCCAGACAGCAAGUCAUCUGACUCUGAACUGAGACUGAUCUCCCCAACCAUCUUGCCAAUAAUCAACAUUGAUGAGGGCCUGGACAUAGACGGGACCACCUUCGUCUCACCACUGCCAACUUCUCCUACACUGCCUGGACAGCCACCCGAGUCACAGGAGAAAAAACUUUACCAUCCUUAUCUUUCUGGUGAAAAAUGUGAUAAAGACAGUCAGCCUUUGCCUCCAGAUAGUCCACCCCCACCUCUCGCUGCCAUUCCAAAUGUCUGGGCCCUGUUUGAUGGAGAAGUUCAGUUUCAUCCGGCCGAUUUCCUCUUCCGCAAAGUCAAGAUGUCACAGAGAGAUAUCGAUGAACUUAUGGACUUGUGGGCCCUUGACCUGCACAAGCAUGAGGAUGAUGCACCAUUUGAUAACCAUCAAGCUCUUUACAAGGCUAUUGAUGAAAUUUGUGUUGGAAGUGCACCAUGGAAAUGCUUUCAGACCGUUGUACCACCCAAUCUCGGUGCAGAUGCUCCAGACUGGCAGAAGCAGCCAUAUCAAGUAUGGUUUCGUGACCCCGAUCUGGUCAUUGCCAACAUACUGGCGAAUCGGGACUUCGAGAAGGAGUUCAAUACAGCACCCUACGUGCAUCUCGAUGCUCACAAUCAAUGGCGGUGGAGUGACUUUAUGUCUGGGAAUUAUUCAUGGUGGCAUGCAGGUGCCAUGUACAUUGGUGUAAUUCUCGGCAGUGACAAGACUACGGUUUCAGUUGCGACAGGCAAUGUGGAAUAUUACCUGGUUUAUCUUUCCAUCGGAAACCUCCACAACUCCGCUCAACGAGGCCAUCAUAACGGGGUUAUACCAAUUGCUUUCCUUGCCAUUCCUAAGUCGGAUCGGAAAUACGACCGUGACCUUGCCUUCUGGCUUUUCAAGAAGAAAUUGUAUCACCAAUCUCUCACAGCUAUACUCCACUCCCUGCAGCCUGCAAUGACCGUACCAGUAGUGUGUACUGCUCCUGUGACCAAUCUGGAUGGAUCAGGAGAUCAGCGUUCAUGCACACAUACUGAGGCUUUACUGGAGUCUCUUGCUUGGCAGGGUGAUGUGUUAUGGGACAAUUAUGGCAUUGAUGAGGAUAUUCUGCCGUUCACCUUCAAUUUUCCUCAUGCCGAUAUUCAUGAGAUGAUGUCCUCGGACCUUCUACAUCAGAUUAUCAAAGGGUCUUUCAAGGACCACCUGGUGGAGUGGGUGUUCAAGUACUUGGUUGCCAAGGAAGGAGAAGCCCGAGCAAAUGCUAUCAUGGAUGAUAUAGAUCACCGAUUCAAGCAAUGGACUGGGGACGAUUCAAAAGCCCUAAUGAAGGUCUACCUAGCUGCGGUUUCAGACUAUCUCCCAGAAUCCAUCAUGCGAUGUCUCUCAGCAUUUAUGGACUUUUAUUAUCUCGUUUGGCAUUCAGACUUCGAUGAGACUAUGUUAAAACAAGUCCGAGACACUAUCCAAUGUUUUCACCAUUACCGUGAGGCUUUCAGAGUGGCUGGUGUGCAUGAAGACUUCUCUCUUCCUCGACAGCAUGCCAUUGUGCAUUAUCCUAGCCACAUUAUGGAAUUUGGUGCUCCUAAUGGUCUUUGCUCCUCAAUCACUGAAUCGUGGCACAUUACUGCUAUGUUACUCAUGAAUCAACAGCUCAACAAGCUUGCAGCUCUGCAUGCAGAUCUAGUUCAGCGGGGUCUUCUUGAACCUUUGCAUGUGCCUCUGCCAGAUCCAUUUGAUACAGGAUUGGAGGAUGAAGGCGCUGUUGAUGGGGAUCGCAUCAUGGCAGAGGUUUCAUUGGCUAGGACCGCAGAGCGACUAUAUCCCAGAAAUAUUGUGCAGCUGGGUCACUAUGUAGGACAAGCCGAUUUGCAUGAGCUUACACAGCGAUUUCUCUACGAGCAACUGACAGGAGAAUCUUCUGAUCAUGUCAGUCUGGACGAAUGCCCUAAAAUCACCAUGCUGAUAUCUGUCUUUCAUUCCACCACUGCAACAUUCUAUUCUCCUAGUGACAUCUCUGGCAUCAGGGGCAUGUGCCAUGAACGUAUACAUGCCACACCAUCAUGGCAUGGUUAUCCUCGAUAUGAUUGUGCUCUUGCUGUCACCAAUGAGAGGGAGUUGGGAUUUCGGGGCAUGAGUGCUGUUUGUAUUUUGCUCUUGUUUUCUUUCAGACACGAGGGCACAGAGUUUCCUUGUGCAUUGGUGCAUUGGUUCAAGAGGCAUGGUCAUAGCCCAGACCCUAAAACGGGCAUGUGGAUUGUACAACCCAAGUACCAGGGUGUUAGGUGCAAUGUGGUCGUCACUGUGGUUCAUUUGGAUGCACUUCUAUGUGGUGCUCAUUUGAUGCCUGUGUUCAGAGCUAAAACAUUACCACACAAGUUUCAUUAUUCACGUUCUCUGGACUGCUUCAGUGCAUUUUAUAUCAGUAAAUAUGCAGAUCACCAUAUGCAUGAGAUUGUUUAA